UCUUACGUCAUUACGUCGUGUUUGAACGUGGCGGCGCGACACCGAGCAGCAGCCGAGAAAAAACUUUUCGUUCACUAGCUUGUUUGUUAGCAGCGUUUCCUCGUCGAAGCAAAGCUAUAACGAAAAAAGGACGCGAAAAUAUAUUUAUACGCGGUUAUUGAAUGGCAUUUGGUGUCUUACUGAGCUUGUACAAACCGAUCAAUAACGGGUUUCAUCGCGAUAUUCAAUGACUGCGAUGACCUGUAAAUUAAGUGGCCUGUUCAGCAUUGGUGAGGACUUUGAUGAUGAGGACUUGCUCGGGACAGACUGGGCUGUCAGCUCGGCGUCUGGACCAGCCGAUGUGGCAGCUGCUGUGUCAUCCUGCGCGCUGCGUGCCUCUUCUGUCGCUCACAGAGAGCCGGAGAAAAAUCGCCCUCAGCAAACUGCAGAGAGAUCAGCUGCACCGUGUAAUGGCACAGCAUCAAGGGGCAGCACGCAGGCUGCUGCUGAACAAACUGUUGCUUUGGGUUUGAGACAGAUCUCCUCCUCCUCCUCCUCCUCCUCCUCCUGUUCUCCCACCCUGACUAACACUCGGCUUAAUUUGGCAUCACCACAAAGUCACACUAACGCUGAGGGGGCGCUGAAGCCCAGUGUGGCUCAGGAUGAUUUUGAUGAUUGGGAUGUUGACCUGGCAGACCUGGAUGAGUGUGAUGGCCAGAUAGGGCUCGAACCUCCUGCUCCAGCUCCACCUGUGCCCACAGUCCAGCCUUCAUCUUUAGCCAAAACGCUCCGAGCCCCGGCCUGUGGAGGGAUUCAGACACUACCCGAUCAGACCCUGAGGGAGCCUGGCGCUGCACGCCAACUGUGUGGCUCAUCUAAUCAUAACCUACCUCCACGGACCCUUUCCGCUGCUGCUCCUGUACGAUCUCCAGCUCCCCGCCCUACUUUCCCAUCAACCCCCCCACAGAGUCCUGGUGUUUUCCGUGGCCUCACUGCCACUUCUCCUGCCCCCAGCCCCAUUUCCAGGACACUCAUCAGGCCCCACCAGCCACAGAGGUCGUGGGCAACUCCAGGACCUUCCCCUCAGACCCGUACCCUUUUUGAGACGGUCUCCCCAGGUCCCUCCUCCUCGUCAACCACUCUCAGCCCUCAUCCUCUUCACACACCAGUCCUCACUAACCGCCUGGUCCAGCUGGUAUCCGCCUCCAAUAAGCUUCCUAAGAAGAGGUCUUGCUCUGAGCCUCACCGGCCCAGGACCCGACGGUUCCCCGGUCCGGCUGGACUCCUGCCCCAGCAGCCGCAGGGUCAGAGCCUGGACAACAUAGUGGUUUCUGUUCCUCAUACUCCUGCUCACGGUGCUGUCGCCCGGUUACCAAGCCAGGCUUCCAGCUCACAAACCGAGGAGGAUGAGUUCGGCGGCGGUGCCUGGGCAGCGAUGAAGGCAGAGAUGGGAUUGGACGAGAGGAACCCGUCGUGCUUCCUGCACUCCUACAGUGUGGUCAUGGUGCUUCGAAAGGCAGCACUGAAACAGCUGGCAAGAAACAAAGUGCCCAACAUGGCUGUGCUUCUGAAGAGCAUCAUCCACACACAUGCUGAUGCCAAGGCUGUGUUUAAAGACCCGACAGGGGAGAUUCAGGGAACUGUGCACCGCCGUCUCCUGGAGGACAGAGCGGAGGAGCUGAAGGUCGGAGCCGUGCUGCUGCUCAAACAAGUCGGCGUGUUUUCCCCCUCCCAUCGUAACCAUUACCUGAACGUGACGCCCAACAACCUGCUGAGGAUCUACGCCCCUGAUGGAGUCAGCCUGUCCUCCACUCAGCUCCUGCCCUUCAACCUGGAGCCGAUGUUGCAGUCACCCGCUCCGUCUCCUGCCAUCCUCCGGGAGCCGGUGUCUCGGAUGCAUCUGGUGUUUGACGAGGAGGAUGAUGAGGGACAAGAGGGUGAAAGAUCCACAGAGGGAGGUAAAGACCCUCAAGCCCCAGUGAACACAGGACCACAAGAGCCUACUGGGAAGUCAGCACCACAGGACUCAGGCUGGGAUGCAGAUGAUGACCUGGAUGAACUCCUGGGAGAGUUACCUGAGGACACCUACAGCUUUUGAUGUAACUUUACAUCAGCAAACACAACAGACUGAACAGACUGUCUCCACUGACCGGAGUUAUUUCACGACUGCCCUUUCUUUUCCUGACACCUCCUCCUUUAAAAAUCAUAAUUGUCCGACCGCUGAAGAACUUGUGAAAAUGUGUACUGUAUGUCACCUGUGUUCAUCACCCCGUUCAUAAAUACCAGAGAUGGAAUAUUCUUGAGUUAAUUUGCUAUUACUGUCUUCGCUAUGCAUCAUUGAUGGUUGAUGUGUUAGGAGAAGCAGUCACUUGAAGCCAACACGUGCUCAUUAAUUAAUUACAAAGCUCCAGAAAUCAGCCCUGUUUGAUUUCAGCUCCACGUCUUAUACUCACAUAAAGACUAUAAUUAAUCUGA